AUUAAUGGCAAGUUUAUGUGCAGAGGUCUGAUUGGGCCGAGGUCAGGAGGAGGUGCAGGCCGGCCGGAGCAGAAGGUGCGGCCACUAUCGGUGAAGCCCCCGGUAGGGACAGUGCAGCCAACCGCUAGGCCCAAGCCCAAGGACACUGAGACUCCUGGUCCCAGCAACACCUGUUCUCCACAAGCAACUCGGCUUGCCAAGAGAACUAAGAACAAAGUAGCUGUUCCUUCCACAAGUACAUCAGACAGUGUAGCGAAGGUAACACCUGCCAAACUGGUGGAAGCUCCCACUUUCUACCCCACAGAGAAAGAAUUUGAAGAUCCACUGGAGUACAUUGACAGCAUCACUCAUGAGGCAGAGAAAUAUGGCCUGUGUCGUGUCGUACCUCCCUCCAAUUUUAAGCCCGAAUGUAAAGUGAGUGAUGACAUGAGAUUCACAGCCUACAACCAGUACAUCCACAAGAUGCUGCACCGCUGGGGACCCAACGUCAAGGAAAUGUUGGCUAUAAAGAAGUACUUGGCAACUCAGAGCAUAAAUCUCAAUCAGCCGCCUUGGAUUGGGGGGAUGGAGGUAGACCUCCCCAGGCUCUACCAGACAGUGCAGCAAUGUGGAGGUCUUAAGGAGGUGAUAGAAAAGAAACGUUGGCACAGGGUUGCUGAUACCAUGAAGAUACCAAAAUCUGCCCAGGAUAGAGUUACCAAACUGGACGACAUUUACUGCAAAUUCCUGCUGCCUUAUGAUACACUUUCUCAUGCGGAAAGAACACAGCUGUUUGAGGAAGUGGAGAAGGAUUGGAUCGAACGAGAAAAAAGAGUAGCAAACUCCCAAGGUGAAGACGAAGAUGAGGACAGUGAUUCUGAUUCUGAUAUUGAUGAGUGUAUAACGAAGGGUCGCAGCAUGCCACUCAGUUCUUUCUAUCGUAUCGCACGCAACACCAUGUCUAUGUGGUUUCCAAAGACAGAGACACCAUCAGCAGCCGAUGUAGAAUUGGAGUUUUGGAAACAUGUAGCCUCACGCCAGCAUCACGUAUGUGUAAAUGCUGGUUCUAUAGACUCGGGUAGUGUCGGCUACGGCUUUCCGACUGGCAAGAACAGCUCCACCUCUCGUCACCCUUGGAACCUCAAGAUGCUCACAAACAACCCUGGCUCUGUCCUCAGGUUUCUUGGACCCAUCAUGGGUGUGACAGUUCCAACACUGCAUGUGGGGAUGCUGUUCUCAGCCUGUUGUUGGUACAGAGACCCCCACGGCCUGCCAUGGAUAGAGUACUUACAUACCGGUGCCAGCAAGAUAUGGUACGGUAUCCCGGACUCAUCGUCUGCACAGUUCAGAUCAGCUGUGAUGAGCCUGGUGCCCCGUUUGUGUCGAGACAAGACCCUGUGGUUAGCCUCUGACACUGCCAUGGUGCCACCGCCACUCCUGGUCGAGCGAGGAGUGUCACUCAGUCGCAUUGUCCAGGACCCCGGACAGUUUAUCAUUGUCUUCCCCAAGGCCUUCACGUCUAGCGUGUGCACAGGUUACCUGGUGUCAGAAAGUGUGUACUUCGCACAGCCCUCGUGGCUCGCCACUGCACAAAACCUGUUUAACGUAAGUCAUAUGUUGACACAAGAUUACAGUAAUAUUUGCCAAUGGCGCAGUGUAGUGGGUACGGCGGUUAUCACAAGAUAACCAGAUCAAGCAACGCCGAGCGUGGCCGCUGCUUG